ACUGCAGGCAGUAGAUUAAAGCAGCAAACGAAAACCCUCAUCUUCAGUUGCCCAAAACCACACGCACGAACAACACUGGUUGCGUAAACGCAUCUUCACGAUCACACUACACGAUCGGUGGCUCGGUGUUUAAAUGUCGUGGCAUUUGCUUUUGUGUACAGGGUAAUACACUUAACACGCAACACGGAUGGAGCCAGUGAGUGAAGCCACCGAAACGGCCACAGUGCGCAGUCGUAAGGCCCAGAAGAAGCAGCAGAAAAUUAGUGAAGAUUUCAGUAGCAAACAACGAUCGACAUCCAUGGAGACGGGCGUAAACGAAAGACAUCAGCAAACAAGUGACGAACCCGAGAAGUCUUCAAAUGCGAAAGAAAUCAAACCCAAAGACAGCAGCGAUCGGAAUGUGACUUUUGAGGAAGUGAAUGAUCGGUUCAGUUUUUCCAUUCGUCUGGAGUUUAACGCAGCUACGGUGGGAUUGUUUUUGCUCUCGUUUCUGACACGGUUCUAUCGUAUCGCACACCCUCGGGGUGUUGUAUUCGACGAAAUACAUUUCGGGAAGUUCGUUUCGCUGUACCUAAAAAAUACCUUCUACUUUGAUCAGCAUCCUCCGCUGGGCAAGCUGCUGAUUGCAGGCGCUGCAGGUGCGGUCGGGUAUAGUGGAAGCUUUGAGUUUCCAAAAAUCGGCAGCGAAUAUGAUGCGUCAGUGCCCAUACUCGCGUUGCGCUUCGUUCCGGCUCUAUGUGGCAGUUUGCUGGCCCCUGUCGUCUAUGCAAUACUGCGACAGGUUAAGCUCGGACAAGGAGUUAGCAUUCUAGGUGGACUUCUCAUCAUUCUGGAUAACGCUCUGCUAACACAUUCGCGCUUUAUCCUGAUGGAAUCGAUGCUGUUGUUCUUCGCAGCACUUGGAAUUCUGACCGUGCUCAGGUUCCUUCAGGCUGAACCAUUCACCGUACGCUGGUGGACGCUGGGAACGAUCGCAUCCGCCUCGCUAACAGCAGCGGUGUGCGUUAAGUUUGUUGGAUUCUACAGCUAUCUGCUGGCAAUGUACAUCAUGGGACGACACAUCUGGAUGGAGUUGCCCGAUCGUCGCAAAUCGAACGCUUACCUCUUUCUCAAAGUGAUCGCUAAAGCCGUACUGAUCUUGAGCGUCUCGUUUGCUGUUUAUGUCGGUUGUUUCUAUGUACACUUUGCGACGCUCUACAAGGCGGGACCACAUGAUAAUGUGAUGACUAGCGCCUUUCAGGCAUCGCUUGAGGGUGGCUUAGCAUCGAUCACGAAGGGUCAACCAUUGCGCGUUCAGCAUGGUUCGCAGAUUACACUCAAACAUACCCACGGACGUGUUUGUUGGUUGCAUUCGCACACACACGUGUACCCAAUCAAGUAUAAGGAUGGACGCGGAUCUAGCCACCAGCAGCAGGUAACUUGCUACGGAUUUAAGGAUGUCAACAACUGGUGGAUUGUGAAGCGUCCCAACAAAGACACCUUGAUGGUAGACGACGAACCGGACUAUAUUGAGCACGGUGACGUUAUCCAACUGGUGCAUGGUGUGACAAGUCGUGCACUAAACUCACACGAUGUCGCCUCCCCGAUGUCUCCCCUCUGUCAGGAAGUGUCCUGCUACAUCGACUACAACAUUUCGAUGCCGGCCAAUUUGCUUUGGCGCGUCGAGCUACUGAACGGCAAGGAAUCCAAGAACAAGUGGCAUGCAAUCACGUCCCAGAUACGACUGGUGCACGUUAACACUACGGCAGCUCUGAAGUACACCGGCGAACAGCUGCCGGACUGGGGAUUCAAUCAGUUCGAGGUGGCAGCGGACCGUCGUCAGCAGACGAUCGAUACGAUUUGGAACGUGGAGGAGCAUCGGUACACGCAGCACAAAGAUAAGAAGGAUGUACUCAGCAAUCUGCUCACAACCGAGAUGAUACCGACCGAACCAACGAAGGUGUCCUUCUGGGAUAAGUUCUCCGAGCUGCAGCUGAAGAUGCUGCUGCACGCGGAUAAGCUUGAAAGCCACAUGUACUCCUCAGAACCGCAUGAGUGGCCGUUGAUGGAUAAAGGCAUUGCUUACUGGAUUGCUGGCGAAUCGAAUGCUCAGGUCCAUCUGCUAGGGAACCUUGUCAUCUGGUACUCGGCUACAAUGGCCAUCCUGAUGUACGUGGGUUUCUUGGUGUUCUACCUCAUCCGCCGGCGUCGUGAGGUGUACGAUCUGGAUCCCAUCGAAUGGGACCGAUUCCGGCUGGGCGGUGAGAUAUUCCUGGCCGGGUAUCUUAUCCACUAUCUACCGUACUACUUCGUCGAGAGAACACUAUUCCUGUACAACUAUCUGCCGGCGCUUCUCUUCAAGGUAAUGCUGCUGUGUUUUGUGAUUGACCACUGUCAGCUAGCUCUCAGGAAGUUCGUCAAACAGCCCAUGUUGGUGGUUGGUAUCUUUCGCGCAAUAGUGAUUGCAUGGUUUGCCGGUGUGCUGUACUUCUUCCAGCGCUAUAGCGUUCUUAGCUACGGAACUACAGCUCUCUCCGCAGAUGAUGUACUCGAGCUGCGCCUAAAGGAUACCUGGGAUCUGAUUGUACACAAACCUUAGACGUAUGCUCAAUAGCUAAGCUAAAACAAGAUGCGUUUAGUUGGUAGAUUGCUUAAAAUACUCCAUUUUCUUUGUGAAAAUACACUGUUACCUUCAUCUUUUA